CAGCUGCGGCCAGCGGUGCCGACGUCAGGCCCUGCCCCCGCGGUGCUGACGUCGGCUGCCCGCCGGGGUGACCUCAUCGCCCCGACGGCGGCCCGGCCGAGGGGCGGGGAGAGGCGGGGGCGGCCCCGGCGCUGGCAAAGGCUCGGGGGCCGGGGCGCGGCCGUGCAGCUCUCGCCGGAGCCGAGCCGAGCCGAGCCGCCCGCAGCCGCCCCCCGCGCCAUGGCCGGCCUCAACUCGCUGGAGGCGGUGAAACGCAAGAUCCAGGCCCUGCAGCAGCAGGCGGACGAGGCGGAGGACCGCGCGCAGGGCCUGCAGCGAGAGCUGGACGGCGAGCGCGAGCGGCGCGAGAAAGCCGAAGGGGAUGUGGCCGCCCUCAACCGGCGCAUCCAGCUGGUGGAGGAGGAGCUGGACCGGGCGCAGGAGCGACUGGCCACGGCGCUGCAGAAGCUGGAGGAGGCAGAAAAGGCUGCAGAUGAGAGCGAGAGAGGGAUGAAGGUCAUUGAGAACCGGGCCAUGAAGGACGAGGAGAAGAUGGAGAUUCAGGAGCUGCAGCUCAAAGAGGCCAAGCAUAUCGCCGAGGAGGCUGACCGCAAGUACGAGGAGGUCGCUCGUAAGCUGGUGGUGCUAGAGGGCGAGCUGGAGCGCGCCGAGGAGCGGGCCGAGGUGUCUGAGCUCAAAUGUGGGGACCUGGAAGAGGAGCUGAAGAACAUCACCAACAACCUGAAGUCGCUGGAGGCGGCCUCGGAGAAGUACUCUGAAAAAGAAGAUAAAUACGAAGAAGAGAUCAAACUUCUGUCGGACAAACUGAAAGAGGCUGAGACCCGGGCCGAGUUCGCGGAGAGGACGGUGGCAAAACUGGAGAAGACCAUCGACGACCUGGAAGACAAGCUGUUCGCUUCGAAGCUCAAGACUCAGGCCCGGGGUGCGGCACUGGAGCCCGCUCCGCCCUCUGACGCCUCCCUCUGCCGUGGCCCCAGGGCCCAGUUUCCCUGUUCUCCACUGGCCACCAGGAGCAGGACCUCUCAGGGCCUUGUCGGGGCUUCGGGACAGGACGCUGGGACAGCUCCACUGACUGGGGCACAGGCCUUGCAGAAAAACUGGCCCAGGCCAAAGAAGAGAACGUGGGCUUACACCAGACACUGGACCAGACGCUAAACGAACUUAACUGUAUCUAGCGUGGCCGCUCCCUGGCGCGCCCCGGCUCUGCGGAUUGCUGGGCCAGUCGUGAAUAGUGACCAAAUAUUUUGUAUCAGAGAAAGCUUCGAGCACCAGCCCCUUCGCCUGCCUUCCUUCCUCCCUUCCUUCUCUCUGCUUGGCAGGGUCCCUCCACGCUCAUUCUUCAGCCGCAGUCCGGGACAGGUGGGCUCCGGGGCGGGUAGGCUGGGCAGCGGGGUGAGCGGACAGCCCCCCGCUCCCCCCUCCCAGCCGCCACGGGCGCCUGGUUGGCUGCAAGGCCCGUGCACACACGCUUCCUGCAACGCAGGGGGGGGACCGUCCCAUUCAAACAAGCAGGGGCUUUUCCACCCAGAGCUCAGGCGGAUGGCCACACUACGGCCAGUUAACCUGAUCAUCCCAGCUCUUUCUGCCUACCACCCAUGGAACAGCCUCUCCGUAGGGGCGGGGGGUUCUCCAGACCCCUGCAGCCCCCGGCCCCCCAGAGCUGUUCCUCCACCUGCACUGGAACAGCUGCGGUAGGCGGGAGGGGAGGUGGCUACCAUGUCCUAGCAGCGCUGAACACUGGUCAAGCCCCUGCCCGGCAGCAGCCCUCUGUCCUUCAGAGCAGCCAGCCGAUCUCCCUUCCCUGGAUAGUCUUCAGGACCCAGUGGGUGAAAGGCCGAGAAACUCCUGAUUAAACUGGAUCUGGGGCCCUCUGAGCCAAGGCUGCGCCUCUGGGCUCUGUCUCAUUUCUGCUUUUCCCAGUGAACAUCUCAGAGCUGAAACAUUCCAUGCAUCCCCCCGGCGCAGCAUGGGGACCAGCCGAUGUUUACAGUCCCUCCCCUUCCCGGCCCGAGAGCGCCCUGCUGCCGGCCUCCCGGCCACUGCUCCCACUGUCCUAUUUAUUGAGCGCCACACUACCUGACACACACUAGCCAAGGUGCAAUGAUGAAUGAAGUCCACUCCCCUAGAUUCUCGCAACUGUGUCCUAUGUAACAGUUUCACUUUUUCUACAUUUUGGUCAAAUAAAUUUUUACAUAAAGGA